AUGCAGUUCAGCACAUUCAAUCAAUUUCAGAAACAGGUGCUUACACAUGUUUUAUUGACUAAAAGAGGAAUGAUAGCUGAAAUGACAAACAACGAUGAUACCAUUGACAUUGAAGUAAAUGAUUUAUCGAAUGAAGUGAAGUUGGAAGCUGCUCGUAAGAGGUUUAAUGCAUUAAAAAAGAAGAAAAUAAAACAAACUUUGAAGAUGGUCGAGAAGACAAUAGACAAGAAAAGUGGAGAUGGGGCAGAUAUGGUGGAUUCUAAUAGUGACUAUACAAAACAAAUUGAUGAAUUGAGCAUGACAAUCAUACAGCAGAAACAUACUAUCAAGAAACUCCGGGACGAGAAUACAGAUCUCAAGUUAAACAAGAUGGACCUUGAUGAUAGAAUUGCAGAGUUGGAGGAAACGUUGGCAAAAUUGAAGACCGGUGAUAAAACCCUGUUUCCAUCUGCUGUGCUGUCAGUUGGUGUCAAGAGUAAGCCCGAUGUUCUUCCUAUAAAGGAAAACAAGUACGCAUUAACAUCCCAAAGUUUCGAUACCUAUGUCACUUCAGGUGAUUUCAGAGAGAACUUGAUGUUCUGGAAGAGCUGGCAGGUUGAUAUGACUGAUUGGAAUAGCAGUUUUCAUGGUCAAAAAGUAGCCUUGUAA